AUGAACAAGGGUCCGAAAAAUUGGCAGGACUACUUUGUGAUGCCAGUGCGAAUAUGCAACUCUCGGAGGAAAUUUUCGCGUGUCAUUUGUGGCACCUGCCGGGGAAGAUUUUUACUUGCAUGUGUGAUGAUAGUUGGAUUUACGUACAUCAAUAUGCUUAUUUAUAUGCCUGUCUUCCAAGUGUUCCGUAACAAAAAUAUACAUGCUCCCUGUCUACUUCCGGUUUUUGACAUGUAUGACAAAUCCAUCAAUGAUCAGUUUUGGUCCCAACAGCCUCUACCGUGCGAGAAUUGGUUAGAUUUGUUUUUUGUGUCACCUUUGGGGAAUUUAACGUUGAAUCAAACUGCCGUCCAGUUGUCGGGGCUACGUAAUAUUCGAUGUCAUUAUAGAUACAUAAUACGCAAAUCGGAAACAAAAUUUGUGUUUUCUGAGAAAAUUGAUUACAUUUCGCCUAAGUAUUUGGAUGGAGAUUUUGUUCAUGUGGAAUGUUUCGACAAUCAAAACAAACGGGUGUAUAACAACCUUCACUUCAACGUGGACGCUAAGCCGUUCCUGAAAUCAAGAAAACUAGUGAACGAGUCUCUGGACAGACUAAGUGUUAUUUCUUUUGGUUUGGACUCUGUUUCCAGACUCAUAGCCGAAAGAAAACUUCCAAAAACUAUGAAGUAUCUUCGCCAGUCUUUAGGUGCAUAUGUGUUUACCGGACAUACUCGUUUAGGAGACAGUUCAUUUCCAAAUUUAAAUCCAUUAUUGACAGGGUUGAUAUCUGAUUACACCAAUCCCAUUCCACCUGUACAUCAGUUGCCUUUCAUAUUUAAGAAUUUUUCGGAUCAAGGGGCCGUUAAUGUUUUUGUGGAGGACUGGUAUGAAGUUGCUACAUUCAAGGGUUUUACUGACCAGCCCACCAUGCACUAUUCACAACCACUAAUUCAAGCAAUGGACCAAGUUAGACCGUCCUACCUGGCGAUUGACAAAAGUUUCCAGUUUCUUCAGAGUCAUAAUAUUCCUCUUCGGAAAGUCUCGGCAUUGUGUUUUGGAAAUGAAAAAAGAUAUAAAAUCCUUAUGAAUUAUUACAAGAGAUUUAUUGAGAAAUAUGGAAAUACUAGGAAAUUCGCAUUUUCUUGGAUUAAUGAACUUGCCCAUGAUUUCUUUAAUAUGGUGGAACUGGCGGAUGAGGAUAUUCUCAAUCUUUUCAAAUGGCUAAAAGAGUCUGGGAAAUUAGACAACGCGGUUCUUCUGUUUUUCAGUGAUCACGGGCCACGAUACAGCGAGAUUCAGAAUACAGACAUAGGCCGGGUUUCAAACCUCCUACCACUGAUGUCAAUUGUUCUCCCGAAACGUUUGACUGAAAAAUACCCGCAUAUAGCGCAUAACAUGAAAAUGAAUACUGAACGACUUACUACAAAUCACGAUGUUUUUCUAAUGCUGAAAGACAUAUUGCACGCUAAUUACGAGGAACAGCCCGUGGUGAAACCUGACGAAAACGGCAUGUUGCCAUAUGAAAUCAGUUUAUUUAGGGAAAUUCCACCUUCCCGCAGCUGUGCAGAUGCUAGAAUUUCGGAUGUCUUUUGUCCGUGUUAUACGUCAGUGAGGGUAUCGAACUCGGAUGAGAGAAUAAUACAGUCAGCGAGGCUUGUUGUUAAUAGAAUAAACGACAUUCUAAAGAAAGUUCAAUCAAAGUGUGCCAAGGUUAAAUUUGUCUCUAUUCACCAUGCUUCCUUAAUAUUCCCAGAUAUGCAGCGCGAUUCAUCGCAAGAACGCGGCUUCUCAUUACGAGGUUAUUUCUUGAAAGUAGAAAGUUCCACGCGUUUUCUAAUAAGCCUCAGAACCGAGCCUGGAGAUGCUUUAUUUGAAGCACGGGUUGAUUAUAAAGACCCUAGAGACAUUACAAUCCUAGGAAAUAUACUGAGAACGAACGCGUAUGGAAAUCAAUCGUCAUGUAUUGACCACGGCGACAGGAUUAGGCGAUUAUACUGCUACUGCAUCUGAACGUCAGCAGUCAUGAUAUUAUACAGGAGAACCGCAGAUGGAUUGUCUCUCUAGUUCAGAGCGGAUGCGCUUCCGGAACAAUGACCUCUGAUAAUCGGCAGGUGAAUGACCUCAGGUUCACAAGAGAUAGAUAAUGUAUGUAAAUAGUACCUCCCCAAAGAGUUAUUGUGACAAGGUAGUAGAUAUUUAUUUUGUGAAUAUAUACACAGGAAUGUAUAUUGAGACAUUGAGAGGAUCGGGGGUGCUGCGUAUGGGUUCUGUCAAAUGUGGCUGCAAAUUGAUAUUUUUAGGAUGAAAAACUGAAAAUGAUCUCAUUCUGUGUUCAUCACACACACAAUCUUAUUUUCUGAUUUAUUUAUAGAAAAAAAGUUUUGUUCUGCUGAAGUAAUCCAAUACGUUGUCUUUUAUUGAUCUAAAGAGGUGAAAGAAAUUUUAAUUCAUGAAAACCUUCUCGGAGCAGUAUAAUAUUGGUGCAUUAUUUUGAACAUAUAGCUUUUAAUUAAGCCUGUGAUAAAGUGUCAGACAGCAGCUUAGAAUCUUUAUAUUUCUUAUACAUUGCCUUAUGAAUACAAAGUGUCGUCAAAGCUCAAUAUCUUUAUUGUUUGUGAAUGUGCUGUAUUUUUGCUUCAUUGUAUUUUUUCUAUACUUUACAUGUGUAUUUUUCUAUAUAUUUGUAUGUAAUUAAGCAUGACUUGCUAAAGUUGAUUCUGUGAUACAAAAUCCAUUUGUCAUACUCUCGUAAUCUGGUCAUUAUCGCCUACAAAAAUGACACCCACUUGGCGCUGAGUGUCAUUACUGCCUAUCUUGUGAGGACCAUAAUGAUACAAUGAGCCCCCUUUUGCUGAUUCAUAAACCAUCGCUUCAUCCAUUCAUUUAUUGUAAGAUGUAUUAUAAGUAUCUACUCAAAAAGUUAUUAUCAUAUUUUACUUCUACCUUACUAUUUUUAAAAAAUAAGAAUACGUAAAUCUGACGUUAUGGUGACUGGUAAAAUAAAUAUGAUAGCCAUUGAAUCAUUUGGGUAGGUUUUAUAGAGGGGAUAAUGGAAUAUAAAUAUUCAUUGGUUGGAUACUUCACUUCCUAAGAUUUAUGUAGACUCUAUCAUUUUAAAUUUCGUGUAUGAUAGAUUUCGUGUAUUUUCACAUCAUUUAAGUAUCAAUGCAAUGUGUAAUUUACACAGGUAUUUUUUUUUCGAAGUGUUAUACAUUGACUUUUUUUUUUCAUCUACAAUCAAUGCAGCUUUGUUAGUAAAUUGUUGCUUUUUAUCAGCAACUGUAAGAUAAAUGGUAUAUUGAGUUAAUUAAUUGCUCUCACUAUGCAAAUUUUCAGUGUAGGUGUGUAUGCAUUCUUGAAUGUCGCAUAAUAUAUCAAUUCAUGCAUGCAGUUCUCGUUCUUUUAUUUCCACUAUAUAUACCGUUUAUAUUGUAAAUUGAUUUAUUAUUUUUUUACCCUAUACAUUUGAUACUAGUAUCUAUAAUCAAUAGCGAUAGCUAGUGACUGUACACUUUACUGUGGAUGCGAGUUUGUUACGGCUGAAAAAUAGCAUUAACAUUUGUUAUGCAAUUUGUCAAGCUUUCAUAAUUAAUGCUCUUUAUACGAUUAUAAAUGCAAGAAAUCUUUCUUUUGUGCCAUGCAAGAUCAAAAUGUUGACUCACGCGUAUUUCCCUGUGACAGUACUUUUUGUUCUACCCUUUUUAAGCUUACACGUUGUUAUGUUAUGUUAUAUGGAUUGUUCCGUGUGACUAAGUCAUUUUUCCCCUAAGAGAAUUCUUGUUUUUGUCUUGUGAACAUUUCUUUACGAUGAAUGUGAAAAUAUUUGAAUACAUUCUAUGCGAUCAAGUGUUGCAAUAUAGUAUAAAUAACUAAUAAUCUACAUGUAUGCCUGUAGAAAGAAACUGUUACAGUACCGUUAUAAAUGUGUAUUUUCAAUAUUUCUAAUACUCUGUGACAGUGUAGUUUUAUUUUUCGAGUCAAGAAAUCCUCUUGUCAAUAUUUAUAAGUUAGAAUGUGUUCAUUUCCCUUCCUGGUUGGAAAUUAGACCGAAACUCACAGAUAAACUCGAGGCUCUAAGGUUCUGAAACCCCCCAAAAAGGGGAAUUAUAGCCUUUUAUCGAUCACUAUUUGUCUUUGACACUUUCAGUAUAUUACUGCCAUAUUUUCUUUUCAUUUGGUGGGGGGGGGGGGGGGUAGUAAGGUACAAGUCUAGGCCUAUGGGAAGUAUUUGUAUGACAUCACUAGAUAUUUGAUAUUAUGUUGACAAAAAUAUCCAGGGUAACUAUUUUUGCUUUCUUGAAAUCAAUAAAGACAGUACCACAUACCUGGUAUUUCAUUUCUGAUACUAGCAAAACUAUUUUAUCCACUUUUUUUCCACUUGAUGUAAACGAUGUGCUCGUGAAAAAAAAAAACAAGCAGAAAAAUUAAGAUAUUCACAUAUCAAAGAUAAAAAAAAAAUGAUGGAAUAUGUGGCUUUUUUAAACACUUCUUUGUAUGUAUAAUUUAUACUCUAUCAACCUAUAAAAAUAAUUUGAUAAAGUUGAUUUGAUAUCAAUAAAUAAGUUCUGUGCUUUAUCACGUGCUCAAUCAAUGUAACGUCACAAUGAACACAUUAGUAGAUCACAGAGAUCAUACAACACUAUCGAUAGAUUUUUCUUUUUUUUCAAGAAAGUUUAUUGAUUGUCAAGUCUCCUCUUCCAUGAAGUUUUAAACUCAUUCAUAUUUAACAUAUAGUUUAUAGACAGUAGCCAUGUCUACAAUUAUACUACUGGUAUUUCAAAAUUACAUUUUUUGACAUACGUGUGUCUAUAAUUUGUUCCAAUGUAUUUAAGUUUCAGCUAUUCACUUCAAUUAUACAUGUACUUCAAAAUAUCAUUUGUAUUUAAUAGAAGAGAAAAAAAAUCAAUCUUAUAUUCAAACCGAUUGUUCGGUUAAAAACAAGGUAACGUCAUGCUUAUAUUUUGUAAGGACUUUUUUUUUACUCAAAGAACUGAAUACUUGAAGGGGCAGAUAUUUUUUCAACAAUUCUCAAUUUCUAUAUUCUGAAAGGUGCUGUUUUCUCUACUUUAAUAUUACUUACUAGUAUUUAUGUUAAAGAUGCCUAUUGUGUUGUUGCCUUCUCUCAGUGUGUACUGGCAUUAUUUUUAUAUUGAAAUAAAAUAAGAUAAUGGUGGAAUUCUA